GCAAACUUUGUGGUAAUUUAUCCACGCUUAGUGAUAGAGGCCUGCAUAAAUUUUUAGUUACAGCACAAAAAAAUUGCAUUAAUAAUUAAAGUAGCGUCGCAUUAAGCAAUAAAUAAGCCCUUGGUGGGCAAAGGGUGUCAUAAGAUUAAGCCUCUUUCUUUUAAUCUUGCCAAAAUGGUUUCAAUCGACGCGCCACAAUAUAUAUGUGAAGUUGGGAUCAGUUAUUAUUUAGCGGUUAACAACCUGUUAUGAGCGCUGGUUUAAUAAAAGUCACAUUAUCUGUAACGCUGACACGCAUGUUUUCUGUGCCUUAAAUCUGACAAUGAUUAACCCUUGUUAAUUACCAUUGACUAAAGCAUAUAUUUUAUGGGGAAUUGUGGUUUAGUGGUUUAUCUCCCCAUAACAAUCUCCCUUAUAUGUCUUCUUGCUUAAUAUUUAACAAACAUAUGUCUCUGCCUCUAAAUCCGUUCGGCUCAUUUCGUUGUUAUGACAUCACCCCUUAAGCUGUCAUUAAAAUUCAUAGAAAUUUUGAGACCCUGUAGUAGUAUAAGAUGCGCGUAUGGCCAUGUAUGUAGAUACAGCAAAAUGCAGGGUAUAAGUAUUAUGUAUGUAUAUGCUCUGUGUAUUUGAGAGCUCUUAAACUGCUGUUAAAUGCUGAGCAAGUAGUGUGGAGACCUGUUUAACUGGUACUUAAACAACCAAACAUAGUGGUGGCAAGGGGGAGUAGGUAUGUGACAACACAUGUGAUAAGCAGUCCUGUUAUCAUGUGUUCAUUACAUGCUGCUUGUGGUGGUGGAUGAUUUAAUGAAACACGAGCAUACGUAUGCUGACUGGACGACUAUAUAGGUUUGCUUAUCAGCGAAAACAAGACCAACUGUUUCUAAACAAACCCAAUUUAACCAGACUUAGGUAAUCAGCAUUGGUGCUAUGUAGGCAGAGUAAAAGAUAAUGAAAUGAGAGAUAUUCAAGCUGAUAGCAAGGGGAAACUAAGCAAACAGUGUUAUUUGGUUAAGUGUAUGUAAGGUCUAUGUUAGUCAUCUAUACUUACAACUUACUGUCAGCAUGAUAUGGACUUUCUGCUUUCAAAGCUUUAAGAAAUAGAUUUUGAGUUUUUACCGAAAAUAUUUAAAAAGUUGCUUCCAUUUAUCUACAUUUGUGAAUCAAGUUCAAGUCAUUGAGCAUGGAGUCAAUAAGCAGAAGCAAACGUGGAAGUUCUAAAAAGCAAAAAUCUAAAAACCCCACCGUACCAAGUUUUGGUUUUGAAGGUUCAAUUCAAAAAAGAUGGAACAGCGCAAAGGAAUUAAUGGAGCUCAAAAAACAGCACACUGUACCGCACAGGUACGAGCAAUCCCCCAAUUUGGUUCGAAAAUUUACUUACCGGCAAAACUCAAGACAAUACUCGAGUGAUGCAGAGACACCUAAUGGAAGAAAUAAAAAGCCGAAACAACCUCUAGAUGGCGAAAUAGCAACUCAAGUCGCAAAUGAGAAAGUGCCGCUGCUGAAACUUGCCCCCUGGAAAUCAAGUCAAACAGAACAUAUUCCAAAACCUCCAUCACAGCCCAAUCUCCUUAUAACCUACUUACAACAAAGAAAUGCCAGCCAGGUUUCAUUGGUGACAGCAAACGCAGCAUUAAAUGAAGCAAAUCUCACUUAUGACCCGGUCCCUUUCAUGAAGCAUGAUGUCACCAACAAGCAAACUACAUUUGUUAGCACAGACAGUCUGCCUCCACCACCAAGCCCUGGUUUAUUACAUGAAGCAAUGAAGUCCUGAAGAAAUGUUUGCUAAUAUAUCAUUGUUUACCAGAGCUUCAUGUAAUUAGUUCCAAGUUGCAUAUUAUAUUAUCUGCAAAUACAUUUCUCCUUCUUCAACAAAAUGCUGGUGUUUAUGCAAGAAAAAGAAAUACUUACUUACAAAACAUUAAUGAUUUUCUUUGUGUUUUUAAUCUCAAAAGCUAAA